GGAAUCGCCGCCAAGGCUUCUCCAUCCCUUUUCCCUUUCCUGUCUGAGCAUUGCAGCCCACGGCUGCCUGCCACUGGUUGCUUUGCCAUGAGACCUUGUGACACGACGCCUCGCACCAGGCCAGAGAGCGCCGCGCAGCCCGCUGCUUGCCCGCUGCCUUCGUUUCUCCGGUCCCGAGGCCUCUCUGGGUGUCCCUGACUGAGCGUCCCUUCACCAUUUGAGUUGCCUGCGGCUCUCGAGACGGUGAGCGAGACGAGGCGGCCGGGGGCUGACUGCCACGCCGUCACAGUGUGCCAGUAGACGGGAUGGCUCUGUUCCGUUUGGCGCAUGUCAUUGCAGAUGGCAUCCGUCGUGCCGACCCUUCUGCUUAAGGCCCUGGUGCUCGCCUCCUGCGUCGCCCUGGCCACUUGCAAGAGCUCCGGACUGGCCAGCCUGAGCCGUGCGAAGUCCGCAUGAUAGCCGAAGACACCGAACGCACGGAAACCAAUGAAACGGUGAGACGUCGGACAAGAUGGCCUUAUGACGCUUCUGUGUCGUCUACACACAGGCACAGAUCUACGGGGACCAGAUGAUGACGGAGUGCCCACACAAAGAGACCUGUGUCGUCAACGAGGUGAGCUAGGAAUCGAUAGAUGCGGGAGCGCAUUUCAUAUGCCCUUGUCCUGGCUCUCCGGACGACGGAUACAGAUGGCCAGGACCAAUGACAAAGGAGUGGGCACAUGCGAGGCAUUGGAGACGGAAGAGGACGUGGCCAAACGCUGCAACUCGGCUGGUAGGAUGCUGGUCGGCUGGUUCGGUCUGGAGACCUGGUGCAUGGCCGCCAAGGACGUGGUGAGAAGGAGCAAGCCACAGCGGCUCAGAUGUGUUUGCAACAACUUCAUGUCCAAUCAUGUGUGUGUCCCUGCCUUGUCUCGUGUGAGACAGGAGUUCGUCGAGAGGUUCCAGCCCUUUCCGGGCGGCGGCGUGUUCGAGGGCGGUGACCUCAUGUCAACGGAGACGCGGGACCACAGGACGAUCAUCAAAUUCUGGCCUGGACACCCGAAGUGGGAGAAGAACAGAAGUGAGUCAGACUCUGAGACAGACUCUGAGACAGACAGACAGACAGACAGACGGAUAAGAAUACAUGUGGAGCCCCCCGCCUGCCGUUUGCAUUUUGACCUACUUGAUCGGUACUUACACACAUGCACGGGUGUGUGUCUUCUGUCUGCUAUGCAGAGGCUGCCCGUCAGGCACACAUGAGGCUCCAUAAAGAGGAAGACAUGAGGGCCUACAAGAAGCUCCAGGAAGAGAGAGCCAUGAGCCGCAUGCGCGCGCAGGCACAGAGAGAGUACAUGGGCCUCAUGUACGGAGCCCAGUAGCCGACUGACUGAGUGAGUGAGUGAGUGAGUGGACAGAGAUGGACGGGCUGCUAUUUCUUUUCACGACUGUGUGCCAAAGGAGGAUCGAUCAAGAAGGACCACACCGAGACAGAUAGACAAACUCAGAGAGUCGGGGUCAGUGAGUGCAUGACAGACAGACCUCCCACACGUUUUCGUUGAACGGGCGGACCAAACAAGUCGGGCAGUCGGCCUUACCGUAUGGACAUUCCACACCCAUACACGGACAGCUGUGGGUGCCUGUCGGCCAC